AUGAGGCCCAAGUCGCGGAUGCCUGCCACGGGGCCAAGGCUGGAAACCUCCCAGGACGAGUUCGCGACAGCCGCCAAGACGAGGGCUAGCACCCCAGAAGGGGCCGGUGGGCCCUUCUGGGUCCAGACCCCACCUGUACAUCAUCCCAUGGAGGCUGCCGGUGAAACUGGCUUCAUCAGCAGCCAGCCCUCCAUGGCGGAGUUCAUGACAGCCCUUCCGCAUCUGGGGACCAACGAACUAACACAUGGUCCCCAGAUCAGCCCGCAACAUACGCCUCCAGGUGGUUUCCCUAUGGAUGUGCCUCAUGGAAUGAACUCUCCUGGUGUCAAUGUUCCUGAGUAUCCCUGGAUGAAGGAGAAGAAGACAACGCGGAAGAACAGCCAACAAGGUACAGUGAAAAUAAGAUUGCCUUUCUUACCCCUGGACCUCUAA